UAUUUCCCAUAAAGAUAAACUACUGCUGCAAAUUCGGGGAAAAAAAAACAAAUUCAGCCAAUCAAAACGAAAGCGUACGGUGACAAAUACUAUAUUUUUUAUGAGAAAAAAAGUCAUAUGAGCAACACCAAUAAUUAAAGACCAAAAUCUAGUUUGAGCCGAAAUGUCAACAUGCUAAUGCCAGCUGCACAUUUUUUUCAUUCUUGACAUACACAUUCUUAAAAGAAAUUAUUUUUUUUUACUAUUCACUACAUCUUCCUUGGAUCGAGUUCUAUAUCUCAAGGGGGAGAGAGAGAAUGGAUUUGCUAUAUAUUUGGCUCCAAAUCUCUGUUGCUCAUACCUUAAGUAGAAAACCAACAAUGGAUCUUUUUAAUUCAUUCCCGGUAACUUCAACUACUGUAGUAGUGUUUACCUUUCCGCUCUGUAUUCUCUGCCUUCUAUGGGUUUCAAAAAUAGUCCCAAACCGAAAGCCAAAAGCACCAGAGGCUGGGGGCUCAUGGCCCGUAAUCGGCCAUCUCCACCUUCUAGGAGGUCCACAACCAAUUCACCUUAGCCUGGCCAACAUGGCAGACAAAUAUGGACCAAUAUUUACUAUUAAGCUCGGUGUGCGUAGAGCUUUGGUGGUAAGUAAUUGUGAAACUGUUAGAGAGUGUCUUGCCACCAACGACAAAGCUUUUGCCACUCGUCCAAAUCUUACUGCCUCGAGACUCAUGUGCUAUAACAACUCCAUGAUUGGUUUCGCCCCAUAUGGGCCUUAUUGGCGAGAAAUGCGCAAGUUCGCCACUUCUGAACUCCUUUCUAACAACCGCCUUGAUAUGCUCAAGCACGUUCGAGAAUCGGAGAUAAAGUUAUCCCUGCAAGAGUUAUAUCAGCAAUGGAACAAAAGCAAAAACAUUAGCUCUGAUAAGGUGUUGGUAGAGAUGAAGAGAUGGUUUUGGGAUUUAACCCUUAACGUGAUUCUAAGGAUGAUUAUAGGGAAGCGAAUUCCGAGUUUCGAUAAUGAUGCAGAGAGUAAGAUAUUGAAAAAGGCCUUGAAGGACUUCACUGAAUUAAGUGGGAAAUUCGUGGUAUCAGAUGCGUUGCCGUUUCUGAGAUGGUUGGACAUAGGAGGAGACGAGAGGGAAAUGAAGAAGGUAGGGAAAGAACUAGACCGGUAUGCUGAGGGAUGGCUAGAAGAGCACAAGCGCAAGAAAGCGUCAGGAGAGUACAAGGUUGGGGAAGAUUUCAUGGAUGUGAUGCUUUCUAACCUCAAGGAUUUGGACGAGCACCAUGCAGAUACCAGCAACAAAGCCACCUGUCUGGCUCUGGUUUUGGCAGCCGAAGAUACCACAGCAGUUACAUUGACGUGGGUUUUAUCUUUGUUACUUAACAAUCCUGAUGCACUAAACAAGGUAAGAAAUGAACUAGACAUCCAUGUGAGUAAAAAUAGGCUAGUGAAAGAAACUGACAUGCAAAAUUUAGUAUACCUUCAAGCAAUCAUCAAGGAAACGCUGCGUUUAUACCCUGCCGCACCACUUUCAUUGAUUCAUGAAGCCACCGAAGAUUGCACUGUGAGUGGUUACCAAGUGCCGGCAGGCACAUGGCUGAUCACCAAUCUUUAUAAGGUUCAUCGCAACCCACGAAUAUGGUCCGACCCUGACGAGUUUAGACCCGAACGAUUCUUGACUACCCACAGACAUGUCGAUGUUAAAGGACAAAAUUUCGAGUUGUUACCAUUUAGCAGCGGAAGAAGAAUGUGCCCUGGGGUUUCUUUUGCACUCCAAGUGUUACAGCUUACACUUGCUAAUUUGCUCUACUGGUUCGAUUUUGCAACCCCGUUAGAUGAACCGAUUGAUAUGCGCCAGGGACCAGCAUUGACACUUUCCAAAGCUACUCCACUCGAAGUCCUCGUCACUCCACGUCUUCCUGCUUUUGAUUUCGAGACUAUGAGCUAAUUAAGUUUGAAAUCUUAAUAAAAUAGGAUUAAUUUCAACUUAAUUUUAUUAUAUUUCGAAGUUAUCUAGCUAGAGCGAUCUGCCUUUUGUGGGCGUUCUAUUUCUUUGGCACGCCCAAUCAUUAGUGGUUUUGAAUAUUAA